UGCGCAUUUGGGCGCAGCCGCGCGCGUGUGCGAGGAGAAGGCGACAGGAACAGGCCACAAGCUGGAGCCGUGUGGGGCCGAUAGGCAGAAAAACAGCCAGUGCAGCGCUGCGUCCUCGGGGUGCACGUCCCAUCUGCCGCGCGGUGCCAGGGACUUGCCUGCGCCCAGACGUGGGGCUCCCGACCAAGAAGCGAACGGAAAUGCGCACGUCCGGCAACGCGGCGCACGUCCCGCUCCAGGCCUGCCCGCGUUUCUGGACGCCCCCGGCCGGGCGGGGCUGCAGCGCGACCCUGUUCCCCGAGAGCCCGAAACGGGGCUUUCGACCCCGCGUCCGCCCCACUCGCAUGAACAGAGUGGCGAGCAUGAGCACGGCCCGCGUCCGGUCGGGGGUGGGGGGACGUCCCUAUCCCGCGCCUGGGCGAUUACCGACCCGAGGCCCGGGGGUGGCGGGACGUAGGCCUGGGGCGCCUUCCCCGGGAGUUGCGCGGUCUCUGCGCUCGGGGCCUUGGAGAAACCAGUGGAUGCCAAGUGGCUCCCCGCUUCUCAGAGGGGCCUGUCUCCCCGCACGCGUGGCCCCGCGGGGACCUGAAACCCGCGCGCAUCGGGCGCCCAUGGGGGCGACAAAACAACCCUGUGCCUUCACGGGAGAGAAAAGGGCACAGAGAGGCCUAGGGACCCCUCCAAAGUCACACAGUUGGAGGGAGGCGGUGGAAUUCUAGGCUGGGGGAGGGAGCAGCAGGAGGGCGGUAAACGGGCGUCCGGGCGCCGAGAGGUGGAGAGGAGGGGUCGGGAGCAAGGCCAGGCCGGAAUGAGGGCCUAGGUUGCUCCGGGACCGGAUCUCGCGGGACCCCACCGGCCCGGGGGAGCAGAGGUGCGUCCUUGCAUGCACUGUCCCCCGAGUCCCUCACGUGCAUGAGCCCCUCCCUCAGGAUCGGUCCCAGGGACACCCCAAGCUCCAGCCGCAGAUUUCCCGCUUCUCAGCUUUGCUCCCGCCGGCGAUGGCUCUGAAGGGUCCGCCCAGACGACGCCUCCUCCAGGCAGCCCUCCAGACUCCAUCCUGUGGUCUGGACGAUGCUCCAGGCGCAGCCCCGGGCAAGGGUUGGGCACGCGGAGUCCUGAAGCCACCUCGGUCUCUUUAAAUUAGCGGUUCUCGCAGUCUCGGGGUUUCCAUGACGACGACGUCGGGAGGGGGACCGAAGGGGGGAGUCAGGUCGGAGCGCAUGCGCGGUGCGUGCCGGACGCAGCACGUCUUCCCGAGUCGCCCGCGCAGCUGUCGUGGGGACCCUGAACCGCGGGCGGCCGGCUCCCUCCGCUCGGCCAUGGCACCCCCGCCGCCGUGCCGACCCCCGAGGCCGCCGCGGCUGUUGCUGCUCCUGCUGACCGUAGUGCUGCUGGGCUCCCAGGCCCGCGCCGAGCCCGCCGCCGGCAGCGCGGUCCCCGCGCAGAGCCGCCCGUGCGUGGACUGCCACGCGUUCGAAUUCAUGCAGCGCGCCCUGCAGGACCUGCGGAAGACGGCCUACAGCUUGGACGCGCGGGUGAGAGGGGGGACCGCCAGGACCUCAGGGCUGCGUCCCCAGGCUCCCCGCCCCGACCUGCGGCACAGCGCCCUUAUCUGGCUCUAGUUAUGCGUGGGGCCUUCUGGGCGCAAGUCUCACCUGUGAGCGCCUCCGUCAAAUGCCCAGCACAGUUUCCAGACCCCCUUCUUCCUCAAGGUCUCUCUGAGCACUUUUCCCUGUGACCCUCCCAGCCAGACUCUGAGGAAGAAUCGCGCAUCCCAAUCGAGCGGCAGGCGACUAAACCCUGUGGGCAGAAAGGAAACUGAGGGGGCUCGGGGUGGGGGGGGGCGUUGGGCGUGGUAGGUCACCUUGGGCAGGGCGAUCUGGGAGGCUCCCCACUCCUCAGCCUCACCUGUGGAAGGAUGGGUGUGUGCACAGGAUGCCUCAGGGUACCAGGAUGCGGAGGGAUCCCGGGGGGGGGGACCCAAAAUCUGGAAUGAACAGUGAGCUGCCCCCCUUCCCACUUGGUCUUCUGUGCCCCAGCCGAGGAGUUUUCGUUUAUGACUGAGAUACGUACUUUUUCUAGAAAAGGAGGUGAUUCCCAGAAGUAGAAAGAAUGGGAGGCCCCCCGCACCCUGGUCCCCCUUUCUGGCCAAUUCUGAAGGGCCCAGACUGAGACCUGUAGCACUCCAGGAUCUGGGGGUCUUGAGUCUCUCUGAGAAGAGCUGGACUCCUGAGAGGAGCAGUGCGCCCCCGCUCCAGGAUGGGGGUGGGGUGUUAGGGGAUGGGGGGGAUCCUGAGAGGGGGCAGAAGAGUUGGAGAAGCAGGGAACAGCAACCCAGGUAGGAGAAUGCGCACAGGGCCCCCAGGCAGGACUGGUGCACACACGGGACCUGCGGAGGGUCUAGUGGAGAGUAGGGGGCGGAAGAUGGGGAGAGGAAGAGGGAGGGGAGCAGGCCAGGGGGGCAGCGGAGGGUCCCUGCAGUAAGUGGGGCGUGGUGACAGUCAGGCGGGGCUCCCAGAGUCUCAGGAGCAGGUAGACACCAACUGCCAGUGGGUUUGGGCAGGAAGCCAGGAGAUGGAGCUGGUGGGCGGGGCUGGCAGUGUCAUGCCCUCAUUGCCCCGUGUUGCU